CAAUGGCGAGCCAAGUGUGGCGGAAGAGGCGGCGGAAGUGAGUGGGGAGACGGACAUCCGGCGCCGGGGCGGGCGGGCGUGCCUCUUUCUGCGCCUGCGCGACCGGCAGCCAUGUCGACCGUGGCCCCCCGCGACUCCUCCCCGGGUCUCCCGUCGCCCGCGGCGGCCGAGCAGAAGCCUCCGCCCGCCCUCAAGCCCUGCUGCGCCUGCCCGGAGACCAAGCGGGCGCGCGACGCCUGGUGGGUGACGGGGGCCGGAACGGGCGGGGGGGGGCUUCAAUGUGGCCCUUGGAAGACUCAGGCCGGGUUCCCUGCCUCGGGGGCGACGGGGAGAUCGGGACCUCCCCUCCUCCUCCUCCUCCUCCCCCCCCAAAGGCCUCUGAGCGGGAGGAGGAAGCGGAGCCCCGGCGGGAACUGGCGGCCCCCGUCCCCGGCCUCCUUUCCUCGUGGCGGGCCUGGCCAGGGGCGGGAGCGCCUUGGGGUGAGAGUCGCGGAGUCGGGAGGGACCCCGAGGGGACAGAGCUCUCCAAACUUCCCAUGUCGGCGAGACACUUCUCGAGACACGCGUCUUUUCACGACACGGUCAUUCGGGUUUACAAGGGACGUGGGUGGUGCUGUGCUCUAAACCACUGAGCCUAGGGCUUGCUGAUCAGAAGGUCGUCGGUUUGAAUCCCCGCAAUGGGGUGAGCUCCCGUUGCUCAGUCCCUGCUCCUGCCAACCUAGCAGUUCAAAAGCGCGUCAAAGUGCAAGUAGAUAAAUAGGUAUCACUCUGGCGGGAUGGUAAACGGCGUUUCCGUGCGCUGCUCUGGUUCGCCAGAAGCGGCUUAGUCCUGCUGGCCACAUGACCCAGAAGCUGUAUGCCGGCUCCCUCGGCCAGUAAAGCGAGAUGAGCGCCGCAACCCCAGAGUCGGCCACGACUGGACCUAAUGGUCAGGGGUCCCUUUACCCUUUACCUUUAAGGGACCCAGAGGGGACAGAGCUUUCCAAACUUUCCAUGUGGGCGAGACACUUCUCGAGACACGCGUCUUUUCACGACACGGUCAUUCAGUUUUGCUAGCAAAGCGGAGGUCAAACUUGUCAUUGAAAUUCUCCAGAAGAGAUUCCAGUGUAUAGUUAGCGGAGUAAAAACUUAAGACACGUUGAAGGAUUCCUAAAAAAUAGACGAGGUAAUUGAUAUUUCACGAGCAUAAUGGCCACAAAUCCAUUGACGAUUGGCACUGUUCAUAGGAAAUCCAGUUGCAACAGACUUCACUUACAGAUAACUUACAAAUAACUUGUAACGAGUCUAAACCUGAACACAUGCAGUGGCACCUCAGGUUACAGACGCUUCAGGUUAUAUACACUUCAGGUUACAUACUCCACUAACUCAGAAAUAGUACCUCAGGUUAAGAAUUUUGCUUCAGGAUGAGAACAGAAAUCGAGGCCCCAUUAGCUAAAGUGGUGCUUCAGGUUAAGAACAGUUUCAGGUUAAGAACGGACCUCCGGAACGAAUUAAGUACUUAACCCAAGGUACCACUGUACUAUGUACAGAACACCACACCAGAAGGAAAACAGAUAGAGAAAAUGAAACCCGGGCUCCUUCUGGCCCUACUUUUAUAGUCAGCAUGGCCUUGACAGAAGAGAGAACAGAACCACUUUAAGCCAGCUGUACUCAGCUUCUCGGAAGGAAUAAUCCAGUCAUGAACCUUCUGCUUGUUUCUUUCACACACAGAAGCUUCCAGAACCCUCUUGAAAUAAGUAGAAUAGGAAAGAUCUCUACACAUCAGAUCAAUACAUUCUGCGCUAAGAAAUGCAAACUGACAAAACCUACAUGCUGCAGUUGACACACAGUUUGGAAAGCUCUGAUCCACUCCAACCCCCUUCAAUGCAGGAAUAUGUAGCUGUCCCAUACAGGGAUUUCCCACCCCUUAUAUUUCCAUGCUUUCUGAGUAGCUAGUGAUAGUGCUUCAGUGGAAAAACACCUCUGGGAAAAGGGUUAGGAAGCCUCUUUGACCCCUGUUCUCCUCUCUUCACAUCAAAACAUCAGCCACUGCAUUUUGUAAAACAAAAAAGACAGUUUACAUGAUUCUUUUUAACCAACAACAUGCAGCUUUCCUGUAGCCUUCCCAGAAAGGUGAUCUGAAUGGGAUGCAAAUUGCAACCAUUCAUUCCUUUGGAGGAAGGAAGCAUAAUCUGCAAACGCGGGUGGAGGACAGUUGUACAUUUGUACCAAAGAGUGCCGUCAAUUCCAGGCUAGUCUUCCUCAGCGCUGAUCAAAUCAACUCCCUAAUUUGUGAAAUUGCUUAAUUGGGAAAUUUUGUCUUGCAGCAUCAUCGAAAAAGGAGAAGAACACUGUGGUGCUCUUAUUGAGGCCCACAAGGAGUGCAUGAGAGCCUUGGGUUUUAAGAUAUGAACAAGAUGAAGCACACAUCUGAAUGUUUGGAAGGUAAAUGGAUGUCCUCUUGCAAUGGUGCCAUUUUUCAGGGGAAAUGCAUGCUGGUAGCUGUCAAGGUGAGGGACGCGGGUGGCACUGUGGGUUAAACCACAGAGCCUAGGGCUUGCCGAUCAGAAGGUCGGUGGUUCGAAUCCCCACGACGGAGUGAGCUCCCGUUGCUCGGUCCCUGCUCCUGCCAACCUAGCAGUUUGAAAGCACGUUAAAGUGCAAGUAGAUAAAGAGGUACCACUCUGGCGGGAAGGUAAACGGCGUUUCCGUGCGCUGCUCUGGUUCACCAGAAGCGGCUUAGUCAUGCUGGCCACAUGACCCGGAAGCUGUACGCCGGCUACCUCGGCCAAUAAAGCGAGAUGAGCGCUGCAACCCCAGAGCCGGCCACGACUGGACCUAUGGUCAGGGGUCCUUUACCUUAGCUGUCAAGGUAACACUACUACAGCAGUUUAACCCGGGGGGGGGGGGAAUUGCAACUCUCCAGAACUCGACCUACUUAAUUCAGCCGUGGUGUGUGGAUUUGCAGUUCUUUCCCAGCAAGCAUUACCACUGCAUUUGUGACUGUUGUGUGGAAGAUGGAGAUUGUUGUGUGAUGUCAGGGACAUCAGUUGGUUAGAGCUUGUGAUAUCUACAACACCUCUGUAGGUCUACUCCCCCUUUAAAUUUUGUAAUAUACUGUGGUACUGCUUUUUUAUUUUAAAGUUUUUAUAGAGUCUCAGAACUUUGUUCUGCCACUGCAGCAGGAGUGCUCAGCUACCAUUUUCAUUGCUGUCCUCUAUCCCCACAUUUUCUAACAGGGCCAUAUGUCCAUUGUGUAAAAACAUUAAAAAGAUCAUGAAUAUAACUUCCCACUUCUCUGGAGCAACUCUGUAACAAAAUGUAAUAUUGUCGAUGUAGAAAUGCCAUAUAAAUACUAUUUUGUCUGCCGUGCUAUUCAGGGUUCAGGAAAAGAUAAUAUAUGAUAUAUCAUUUGAAUGUGGUAACGUAAAGGUAAAGGGGCCCCUGACCAUUAGGUCCAGUCGUGGCCGACUCUGGGGUUGCGGCGCUUAUCUCGCUUUAUUGACCGAGGGAGCCGGCGUACAGCUUCCGGGUCAUGUGGACAGCAUGACUAAGAACCAGAGCAGCGCACGGAAAUGCACUUUACCUUCCCGCCGGAGCGGUACCUAUUUAUCUACUUGCACUUUGAUGUGCUUUCGAACUGCUAGGUUGGCAGGAGCAGGGACUGAGCAAUGGCAGCUCACCCUGUCGUGGGGAUUCGAACCGUUGACCUUCUGAUCGGCAAGCCCAAGAGGCUCUGUAUUUUAACCCACAGCGCCACCUGCGUCCCACUUGAAUGUGGUAUAUGAAUGUAAUAAUAAAACCAACAAGGGGUCAUUACCAUGAUAAUACCUUUUAACAUAGUAAACAUGCCCCUGCAGAUUUAGGCUUGUAAAGAAUUUAAAACAGGAAGUUUGGAGUAAAUAAACUUCCUUUUAUAGUGUAUUGUUUGAACAUCAAAACAUGAUGAGAGAGCCUUUCAUAAGUACUCUGAAUAUACUUUACCAAACACCUUAAAAAUCGUUGGGCAAAAAUGUCAAUGUGGCUACUUUGUAUGCCUGACAAAAGCAAGCAUUGGGUGACUGAUGCUUUUAGAUUUGUAACAAGCCAGGAGGUAGAUUUUGUUAAAUGUAAGAGAAAUUUAGCACUGGAACAAGUUGCAGACUCUCCUUCCUUGGAUAGGCUUCUGCUAGGGAUUCUUUGGGUACAAACAUUCCGUUGAAAGUUUGAAGUAUAUGAUCCAUUGUGUUAACCUUCCAAGUCCAGUAAGUCUUCAAAGUCACUGUGGUUAAGUAAAACCGCCAGUUCUGUGGUGGCAGAUAGUGGUGAUGAUGGUAGACGUAAAAUAACUACAAAUAAGGCAUAAAUUAAUUCUUGGUAUGUUUUACUUGCAGGUAUUGCUUUCAUUAACUUCCCAACAUAGAUGUGAUAUAUAGCUAAAACUGCUUCUUAUUGGACCUUUUCUCCCUUCUCCCUCUAGGUGAUUUGCUGUUGAAAUAUUAGUUUGGGGACUUUACUCUUCAUGGCUGCUUGAACACGGGUGUUUAUUUAUCAGAAGAUGAAUUUAUUGGGGAAAAAUACGAUGGAUUCUAAAAUCAGAGGAGUGUGUUGAGUUACAGUCUUCUUCCAUGGCUGGAUCCUGCCUAAGGGAUAAUAUGAGAGAUUCUCCUGAAUAAACGUUUGAGCACAACAAAACUGGCUCCUGUAUGAUGCAGUUGUAUCUGGGAAACUGUGUCACCACCCUCCCAUGUGUGCACUGGAAUUAAAUAUGCUAAAUCAAUAAAAACAAAGUUGGCUGAAUUCAGAGAUGCUGUUGGAUUGGGCAAGUAUGUGUGCACGUACUCAAGUUUCCAUUGCAAUCUGCCAAGCUCCUUUUUCAGCAGAGGUCAAAAUCAAUUUGUAGAUUUGCUGUGUGUAGGCUGCAUGGCUACCCAGCUGGGUAGAUGGACAUAAUAAUAUUUUGUGUGUGCAAAAUAUAAUUCAUGGGUUCCAGCAUUGUGUAACUUACCUCUCUUGAGAAGGGGCUGCUGUAGUAAAUCCAUAGCGAAGCUGCACAAAUGUCAACUGCGUAGUUGGGUGGUGAAGCUGGGCUGGUUGGUUGGUUUUCUUUUAUUUGUUAGAUUUGUAUUUAAUCUUUCUGUCAGGGCUUUCAGGGUAAGAUGCAAAGCUUUCCAAGUGACCUUAUAUUGAAGCGCAGGACAGGCCCUGGCCUGUGUCAAGUUUGUGGAUGGAAUUAUUUUGUUAAUAAAUAAAUAAAAUGAAAGCUGCCUCUGA